AUGCCGAGAUGGGGUGCAGGGCUGGUCGGGUCUCCUGCUGGCCCCCCAGCCCCCAGGCUGGCUCAGGCAAACGCAGAGGCCGCAGGGCUGUCCGCCGCCCAGCAGGGCCGCACCAUCCUGCGGCACCAUCUGCACGUCCACGUUGGCCGGUUUGAGGACAGUCGGCCCCCAGUUCUAGAGCAAGCGCCCUGCGGGGCGGCCGGCAGGGCGGGGGGCAGGGAGCCAGAGGGAGGUCACCAACAGGCAAAGGUGUGUGGACGCCGGGCGGGUGCAGCCCAGCCCGCGCCCCGACAUCCGUUCAACCGUCCGCAGCACGAGGCGCUGGCGGCCCUUCCCGUGCCCCCCAGAGCCCGUCCGCGGGGUCCUGAGUUUGGGGCCAUCCGACACCUGGCUGCGACCGUGGAGCCAGCUGGCCUAGCUGCCUCGGCCGUGCCCACAGCCUGCGUGGCCCCCCGUGCCGUCACCCCCGCUGUCCUGUCCUCCUGCCCCAGGGCCCUGUGUGUCCUCCCCGGUGACCCCUCAGCGCCACAGGACACCCCACGCUGUCACUUCGCGUCCCCCAUCGUCACCCUCCCGGGGCCCCUCAACCACACCGACCCCGCCCAUGGAGUGAGCAAGGCAGGGUCUGCCCCCCACCCCCCAGCAGAGCUCCGGCCCGGAGGGGCCCGCGUGUGGACGGCCGGGGAGGCCCGCGUCCUGGGGAUGGCCGAAGGGGGGUGGCCACCGGGACGCCUCUGCCCCCGGGAAGGGAGCGUGGCCACGGGCGCGGGCCCCUCCCGGCCGUCCCCGCCAGGCCAGGGGGUCGGCGGGCAGAUGGCGCGGCCCAGGAGCCGGGGAGGCCGGCUGCUUGCCCGGGAGCGCGGCUGCCCCGCGGGCCUCGCUGCAUUCCUGCGGAGACAUUCCCGGCCUGUUAGGGAAUUCCGCAGCGUGACACAGGCCCCACAUCCUGCGUGCCUGCUCUGUGACGGGAAGAAGCGCGCCUGCAGCCCCGACAGUUCGUGGCCGGGGGUCAGCACCGACUCGGCCCGAAACUGCUCCGCGGAGGACCAGCCGGGGCCGGAGGACCAGCCGGGGCCGGAGCCACACCGGCGGCCGGGCCCCACCCCCUGCUCACGCGGAGAAAAGGUCACGGUGACCGCUGAGCCCCACGACAGCCUCGCGUCCCCUUUGCAAGGAUGUCCUCCCCGAGCUCGCCGUCCCCCCUCCUCUGCCGAGUGCAGGACGGCCCUGGGGGGCGGGGGCGAGAGCCUCCCGGGGCAGCGGGUCCUGUCGCGAGCGCGGGCCCCCCCAGCUCCAGGCGUGCUGGGCCCAGGCUCAGCUCUGCCCGGGGGGCCACCGCAGAUGCUUCAGAACCGAAUCUCAGAUGACCCAAAGGACCCCCACGUGAGGACCAAGGCGAAGUCCAUGGGCCUCCGCCUCCCCGGCCCUCGGCUGGGGGCGCCUCUGGGGCACCACCACGGUCCCCCCGGCCGUGGGACCCCUCAGCAGGACAGCAGGCACCCCCAAACAGAAAACGCCCUGCAGGCUUUCCAGGGCCUGCCGCCGACGGCCCAGCGUGCCCCGGACGCCUGCGCCAACCCGGGCUACAGCCCCUCGGGCGGCGGUUUCCCCCAGGUUGGGUCUCGACUGGCGCUUGACUGGGCCUCCUACGCCGGCUCCCGCGAGGCCCAGGGUGAGGCCCCGCCCACCCUCGGGACGCUGGGCCCUGACCCAGACUGCCCAGGGCCGUCCCCUGACCAGGCCGCGGGGCGGAGUCCCUGCCCUCUCGCAGCGGGUCCGACCGAGCCCAGAGCCCGCGCCCCCAGCCCCCUGCCCCGUGGGCCUGUGGGUGGACAGGCCCGGGCGUGCGGGCUGCUGGAGACACCUGACCCACUAGGGGAACGGUCUCUCCAGAACGUGAACCCUUCUCCCGCCACCGAGGUGCGCCUGGCCGGGGGCCCAGCGCCCCCUCCACUCAGCUGCCGCAGCAAAAGACAGGGGUGUGAAGGGACACAUCCGCUGGGCGUUCGGAAGGAGAACCCUUCUCAGCGGGAGCUGGAGGCCGCCCUCCACCUGAAGCCCCCCCUUCAGGCCACAUCACUGGAAGGAGGCGUGGAGGAGGCUGAGGGCCCGACCCGGGGCAGAGACGGAGGACGUGGCCAGGGCUCCGCCGGGGCACAGCGCGCUGUGUGGACACCUGCACUUCCCGAAGAGGUGAAGCCCGGCUGGUCCUCCAGGGCAGACACGUGGGCCCGGCCCCCGGGACCCCCGCGCCCUCCUGCCUUCGCCCGCGACCUCUCCUCUGCUGCCUCACAAGGGGACACCAUGCCCACGGCCCCAUCCCCACGAGUCCCGGCGACCACGUGUCCCUUCCUGCUGGAGAAUAAGCGCAGCUCCUGGGUCCCCUCCCAACAGCCCCCGCAGGUCCCUGAGGCCCCGGGCAGCUCUGAUGCCCACUUUUCAGAGCGGCCCAGGAUUCUGCUCGGGCAGUGCCGGCGGGGCGCCGGGAGUGGGUUCGUCCAGCUCCAGCUCCGGCUUCACCCGGCCGCCCAGGCAGAGGAGAAGGGCGGGCGCACGGUGCCCUGCGAGCAGCAGUGGGCCUGGGAGGACGAGACGGUCACACGAGGCCACUGCUGUCCUCAGGCCCAGACGCGGCAGUGCACUCAGGGGCCUCCUCCUCUUCUCCCCGCAGGCCUGACAGGGUGGCCACGGCAGAGCCAGCAGCAGAGGCCUUCCCAGCAAGGCUCUCCGGGCACCUACAAGGCAGCACCAAGAGGGCCCUGGGCAGGUGCAGGGGUGCCCACGGGCCGCGCGUCCUCACCCAGGCCCUCCCAGGGCUCGGUCCUUCCCAAGGACUGCACGUGCCAGCAGGGCGCCUCCCUGUCCCCUCGGCCAAGACCCGAGUCCCCGCUUCCUUGUCUCCGGGGUCCUCCUCAGAAGGCCAACAGGCCUCCAGGCGUGGGCCCUGACCCCUCGUGCAGCUGGGAGUGUUCGCGAGCCCUGCGGGCUGCCUGCAGCCGGAAAGGCCCUUGUGCGUGGCCGGGGCAGGGGUUCCAGGCAGUGCCCCCACCUGCCCCUCUGGGCUGGCACUGGCCAUCCCAACAACGGCCGCCAGGGCCGGCGCAAGGUCCCCCGCAUCAGGACGCCGGGACCCUUGGUGCCCGAGGAGGAGGUGGCGAGGAUGGGCAGAGGGGAGGGGCCCGCGGGGGGUCAGCCGGACGUCCAGGCUGUGAGGGCGAAGCCAGGUGCACAGCCGAGCCUCUGAAGUGUGGGUCAGGCCGGGCCGGGCUCGGCCGGGCGCCCGGCCCACGGCGGGCCCACGUGGCGGUUGGGGCUGGGCCUCGGGUGGUUUCUGAGGCUGGCAAGGGGGCCUCCGGCCAGGCCCUGUCCCAUCUGCUGGGAGAAGGGCCUCAGGAGCAAGGUCAGAUGAGGGCUGGGGCCCGGCUCUGCGGCCGCUGCCCGCUGAGCUCUCACCACUCCCCCGCGGGCGCCCUUGGCCGGGCCGGGGUGGCUGCGUGUUGCCGGGAACACCUAGAAACCGGGCUGCUUGGAGACACGGCGGCGUGGCCGUGCGCGGUUUUCCUCCAGGCCGGCCAGGGAGGCCCCGUGCCCGGCUGCGGAACGAACGCGGGGCGUCCACGGCCCCCGGGCUGGCCCGAGCGGGGGGGAGAGCCGCGCAGCCAGGGCGGCAGCCUGUUUUCCAGCCCUGGAGCUGGAACGGUCCCCGCCGGUGGGAGCCGACUCCCGCGCCCCCGCCGCUGCGGCCGCAUUCCUGGUGGGAGCCCCGGCCAGCCCUGCGAGCUUUUUCCACACUCCGGCGAGUACGCCAUCAUGAUCCGCGAAGGCACCGCCCCUCCGUUCCUGGGCCACGCGCUGCCCACGGCCUUCAAACACCUUCGGGUCUCCGCGAAGGGGGCAGCCGAGCGGCCCCACGUCCCCAGAGAAGACCCCGCAGCCCCGAGCUAG